CUGGCUGAGUCGCGGAUUAGGUCGCUCUCUUUAAGACGUUCGCGGCACUGCCUUCGUUGCGCACGGCAGACUAUCAGCCGGUCGCCUCCAGGAUAAAACAGCCACUCUAAAUUUGUUGCUCAUCGGUUUUGUGCGAAAACCGGAGCUCUAUGAACUCACUCUCUAUCUCGUAUUUCUGCUCUCUGAGGUAUGUUUAGAGGGUCUGGGGCGUCUCCUAUUUAUAGGAGCAGAAAACCCAGAAUAUUCCCUCUUUCUUUGGGAAUAAGUCACAUUUUAAUUAGGGAGAUAAUUACUCCCAUAAUUAAAAUAUAUUAUAUUAAGAUAAUUAAUUCUAAUUAUCUCCAUAAUAUUCUUUUUAUUAAUUAUCCUUUCUAUUUUCGUAUAUAGAAAAAUACUGGAUAAUUAAUUCAAUAUAACUUUCAAAACUAUUCAUUCCCAACAAUGUCUCACUUUUUUUAUUAAAAUCUCACUUCUACCAUACACGCUAUAAUAUUUUUACACCAUCUUUUUACGAUUAGACGCGUAUAAUUUAAAUGUUUCAUAGAUUCUUUCCACCUUACAAUAUUUUUCAAAAUUAAAAAAUAACAUAGUUUCAGAUGGUUCAAUCAGAUUGGCUAGCCUUUCUCAAACUCUUUUGUCCUUGCCUACCAGAGAGAUCCUUUUGUCUUUGACAAUUGACGUGGGACAAAAAAAACCUCAACGGAAAAGCAAAUGGCAGAAAAGAAAAAGAAACAGAAAAAAAGAAAGUGAUGGGUGUACUGUAGUGUUUGUUGGUGGGCUCAGAGGGAGAGAACUGAGGACCUGAAAUAUAGGUAAAGCCAUUUUAUAGCUGGCAAGCAGCUGUCUUUCUUUCUUCCUUCUUCCUCCAUAGCCCCAAGGCCCUUCCUUUCCUGCCUCCCACUCCUCUUCCUUCUUCCUUUCCCUCUUCUUCCCCUCUCUCUCUUUCUCUCUCUCUCAAAGCUGGUUGCUUUGAGGAAGGAAGGAAGGAAGGAAGGAAAGGGAACUCACAUUUCUCUAUACUGCUGUGUGUAUGCUCCUGCACAAUUGAGAAUUAGGGUUUUCAUAAAACAAAAAGGAUGAGUGCUUCUAGGUUCAUCAAGUGUGUGACUGUUGGCGAUGGCGCUGUGGGGAAAACUUGUAUGCUCAUCUCCUAUACCAGCAACACUUUCCCUACUGAUUACGUGCCAACGGUGUUUGACAACUUCAGUGCAAAUGUUGUGGUGGAUGGAAGCACGGUCAAUCUGGGCUUGUGGGACACUGCUGGCCAGGAAGAUUACAAUAGACUGAGACCUUUGAGUUAUCGAGGGGCGGAUGUUUUCCUGCUUGCUUUUUCUCUCAUCAGCAAGGCAAGCUAUGAAAAUGUGGCGAAGAAAUGGAUUCCUGAGUUGAGGCACUAUGCGCCUGGUGUUCCAAUCAUCCUUGUCGGGACUAAGCUCGAUUUAAGAGAGGACAAGCAAUUCCUUAUGGAUCAUCCUGGUGCAGUACCUAUUACAACUGCUCAGGGAGAAGAGCUGAGAAAGCUAAUUGGAGCUCCUAUGUAUAUUGAAUGCAGUUCAAAAACACAGCAGAAUGUGAAGGCUGUGUUUGAUGCGGCAAUCAAGGUGGUUCUCCAGCCACCGAAGCAGAAAAGGAGAAAGAAGAGAAAGUCCCAGAAGGGUUGCUCCAUCUUGUGAUCUGGUAAAAGAAUGGACUCUGGUGGACUAUCAUGACCGAGUUAGGCAUAUUGAUUCAAAAAUCUAGUCUCUUGCCAUCUCUCACUUCCUAUCCCACCUUUGAGAAAGCCAACGACGCUGAAUGGGUAUUUGUAGCUGCAAAAGAACUGACAGAACUAGGGGGAGUCAGAGUCACCAACAGUAUUUAAUCAAUAUCAAGUUCAUGUGUGUUAUCGUCUGUUGCAUUCUAUUGGAUUUGUAUGUUCUGAUUGUAUAUGAGAGGUUUAAUGAUAACGAUUCACUUCUGUAUUUUUCUUCCAUGACGUGGCGCCGCUGCACAUCAUUGUAUUAUGAUCAGUUAUCCCUGGAAUCUUAGUCAAAGCCAGUGUGGCUCUUUUACAUCUUGAAGACUGUUGAUUUGCAUUGUUUUGUGAAGAAGAAAUGGUCAUGGAGUUGUCUUUCUAAAGAGGUAGAGAAGGAAUGUUUGGUGGCCUACCAAAGUUAUAAUCUUGUCAAGAAUAUCUUCCAUUCUUAUCAGGGACAAAGAAAGAUAUGAUGUGAAUCGAAUUAUGUGGAUCAUAUUAGAGCCAUCGGUUUUCAGGCCAAGUUCAUUGGUUUGCUGUAUUUGCAGGAUUCUCGCAAUUGGCCUACCGUUUGUGCUUAUUAUGUCCGAUAUGAAUAUCUUUAUCUCGUUAGUUGCUGCUGUAGCAUCAGUCCAUUAGUGGAAAAGGUGACUGAAUUCAGACCUUUGGAAAACAACGUAUUGUUCUUAAUUGAGCUGAAAUGAAAAGGGUAUGAGUUC